UGGUACAAGGCUGCUGUGAAUAGCAUUGUACCAUGUGACCUCUGUGAUCAUUCACAGAUUUCACACGUAGUAAGCAAUGAUGUCACAAGUGACAUCUUGCUUAUUACUUUGCAUGUGAUCACUGAUUGGCCAAUCAGUGAUCACAUGAUUGGGACCUUGUACAGAGGUCCCGUCCAACAAUCGGUGUUUCACUGUGUCCGGAGGACACAGCGAGCACCGGAUCGCGGUGCGUGCGCUCCCAGGGAGCGCGCACAAGCAGGGUGCGGGGAGGCCGUUUAUAAACGGUCACCCGACCCUGCAGUGCCACCGUCCGGCCGUUUAUAUACAAUGGCCGGUCGAGAAGUGGUUUAAAGUGUUGUUUACUUUUCAAAAAAAGUUGCGCUCUGCAGGGGAAAUU